UAUAAUUAACACAAAAACGACUACUAAAGCUAAGCAAACCCCUGCAUUUUUUUUUCGAACCCAUCGAGCGAAAAUACGAAACGAAAAUUAACAAACACGUGCUGGGGUGAAAUUUAUAGGUGCUAAGUGAAGGCAUUUGACGCUAUUGUUGUAAGUUUCAAGUGUUUUCUAGCAGACUCGCGCUGAGUGUUCGCCAGCCGAUCGUGCGAAUUGUCUGCGCAGGUGAUAGUGACAGUUGCAUGUGGUGGCAAGCAAUGCACAAUCGCGUAACCGUGUCACGAUGAUGCGUGCCAGUAGCAAUUCCAGGCUAAUAGCCACCAGUCACCCCGUUCCCGGAUGCGGUCCGUGUCCGGGCGAUGAGCCACCGACCGCCGAUGGCAUGCUGCUCGCCGUGGGCUUCAAACGGACACUGCACACACCGGCACCAGGCAAGCAGCACACAUACAGUUAUCCGCACCAUCACCACUACCGCAGCCGGGGUGGCCAGAAUAUUCGGCGGGGUGUGCUGCGCGUGCCCAAAUUCCUGUCGUUCCUGUUGUUCCUAGUUAUCUGUGAUAGUCAGACAGUAUCCCGUGCCGCAUUUCGGACGUACGCCGCCACCAUCGGUCCCUGGCCGGGUGCGGAUGGCGACACCGACAGUAUUAUUAGCGGCAGUGACGGUGGUGCCGGCGACGCAGGGUCCACAUCCGGCGCGGCCAUCAACCGCACCAAGCUGCAGGAGAUCGUGCUGGAAGGACUCGGUCUCAGUGCGCUGCCCGACGUUCGCAUGAUGAACAUCAGCCCGCAGGAGUACGAAACCAAGUAUGCCGAAUAUUUGGACCGUGUCAAUCGUCGCCGUUCCCUAGCCCGAAACACGGACGACUGGCACGAGGAGCGCCAUCUCUUCAGCUUUCCAGGCACAGAUCAUGCGCUAAACCAUCGUAAACUGCGCCGCAAGCGAUCCCUGAACAACGACUUCGAUCUCGUCUACAUCCGGUUCGAUAUACCGACGAGAAACGCUAGCACGGGUGAGAUGACGGGCUUCCAGUCGCCCUCACUCUACCACGAUCCGACCUCCCCGGGGUCGAACGGUGAGGAUGAGAGCGGUGACUCUACCGUCGUCGAUAACCCUACGAACGCGCUCGACCAGUCGCUGCAUUAUGCGGGACGGGGGCAUCGGCAGUCCCUGUCCGAGCUGCCGCCCAUCUCGCCCGAAAACAUCGAAGAGUCGUCGUUGAACAUCAUGCUAACCAGAAGACAAAACAGCGCACGCAGCACAAACGCGCACAGUAAACAACAACAUCACACUCAGCAGCAGCAACAGCAGCAGCAGCAGCAGCAGCCGCCGCAGCAACAGGCGCAUCAGGUUCAACAGCCGGCUCAACAGUCCCCCGCGCAGCUCCACCAACAUCAGCUGCAGGCUCAUGGCCAUCGGCGAAAGGGCCGGGUACGAUUCAAGCAGCAUCAGCAGCAGCACCACCACCAGCAGCAGCAUCCUCAUCCACAUCAGUCUGGUCGCACGGUGACGAUACACGUGUACCAGCUGGUGGAACCGUACGAGCGCCACUUCCUGACCUCCAAGACGGUAGCCGUGCAGGAAAUUCCGCCGAACGAGAGUCGUUGGUAUCAACUGCCGCUGGAGGAAGCCGUCCGCACCUGGCUGGAUGGAUCGCGCAGGAACCUUGGGCUGGAGCUGUACUGCGAGGGUUGCCACGCACACGGCGUCCACAUCGUCCACGACUCGUCGCCCUACUUUCGCACCUACGAUGAAACGCCCGUCCUGAACGUGGUCGGCCGGUUGGUACAGCGGGAGAAGCGCUCCAAGCUGCAGCGCUACCGGCCCCAGAUGCGGGACUACCUAUCGCCACCGAAAACGACCGCCUGCACGGCGGGUAACAAGCGUUGCUGUCGGCAUCCACUGCUGGUAGACUUCCGCGAUAUCGAGGGGUUCGACUUUAUCAUCCAGCCGAAGAUCUUCGAUGCGGGGUUCUGCCGUGGUCGCUGCCCGACCAAGUUUAAUCCGGCGACGCAUCACGCACUGUUGCAGAGUUUGCUGCACGAGCACAUCAAGUACGACGUGCCGAAGCCGUGCUGUGCACCGUCCAGUCUCGACCACAUCGAUGUCCUGCACGCCGAUCCGAAGAAUCCGCAGCGGCUCAAGGUAUCGACCUGGCACAAUAUGCGCGUACUCGAGUGUGCCUGCUCGUGAUGGGAUGGUACCGCGCGCGUACGGAAGGCAUUUAUCUCCAAUGUAAACGAAAGUAUUAUCCCACUGCCGUGACCACGUUCAGGUGUGCGGCGGUGGCACCGGAAUAUAUCCCCAAGGCGCUGGACAAUGUGCUCCAACUGUGGCAGCUACUAAUAUGACUACUACCACCACUACUAGGGCGACGAGGGUUCGAACAGUGGACCUCUAUUGUGUACGUGUUUUAUUUGUAAAUUUCCAUCACCAUCACUCUACUGCUGCUGAUGUACGUGCUCCAGAUCCUUUGCGACAAACUGAAGAAGAUUUAAAACGGGUUCCAUACUGUAUGACACUAGCACAGAACUAGAACGAGAGGAGGGGAGAGCGAGAAUGAUAGAUAUAUAUAUAUUUAGAUGUAGGUGUAUUCGUUAUAGAAAAGUGCAAACGCACAAAUUUAGGCGCAACAGUGCAGAGUAGUUGGUUAUGGCGACAGUAGUCGUAGUAGUAGUAGAAGUAGUAGUAACAACCCAACCAACAGAAGAGCCAUCUUGACAGAGGGAGGAGUGCACAGGGUGUUUUAAUUUUUAUUUAUUUAUUUAUUCGUGCGCGGGAUGCAUCCAAGCAAUGCGACGACGUACAAAAUAAUUCACUCGCUACGGUACUCCAGUGUUUGUAAAUAUAUCAAUGUAUGUAUGUAUGUAUGGUGUACAAUGUUGGUCGACUUUGCAUUCGAUCACUUCAUUUCAUUUAGUUGCUUUCUUUGUGUUUCAUAUUCCGUUCGCUCUCUCGCUUUUAUCUCUUUUAUUUCUUCCCGCCCAUUAUUGAUGGUUGCAUUUGUUUUACCUAAAUUUAUUCCGCUCGAUCAUGAGAUUAACUUACAUCCUUGAGGAGCUUUUUUACCUUUUUAAACUUAAGCUAUUCGUCAAAAUUUGAAAACCUCGCCAACAGGGCAGGCUAAAGUUUAGAGGAGAUCGUGUUGCACUAAUCCUACAGCAGCAAAUAGCUAGCAGAUGCUAACCCCACACUUACCAAAGGUAGUAAUGUGCUGUUCAGGGAAUUUUGUCUGAUGGCCGCAAACCGUAAUUCCGUUAUCACCGGUGCGUUCACGGCACGGUGCACAUUUAAACACUGCAGCCGGCAACACAAGCCGGUUAGGUUUUUUAAAAGCUUUAAGAUACGUAUUAGUUUCCGCGCGCGAACACAGAAACCACGCACACACUGUACAUACGAAGGAUGUUUCGAAGCAUCGUACACUAACUAAGAGACUCGUUCCUACCCUGCAGAAGCGUUCUACCGAUAGUGUCCUAUUUAUUGAAUCUUCAUAUACCUUUAAUAAUGCACACCGGUACCAUUUCAUCAUAUACCUGUUGCAUGGAGACUACCUACAGCUCCAACCUACAAAGUAACGCUCAGUAUCUACUGAAAACAUUAAAACAAAUACAAACAAAUAAAACGAAAACAAAACGAACGACCGUAAUACCGACCGGGGGUAGCUUCUAUGUGGAGAAAAACUGCGAUACGACUUAAUGGUUGAUGUUUCUGUUCCCGCCAUGAUGCGAAUGCGAAACAUAACUAAGAACGAAAAUGCUAAUAGAGCAGCGAGUUAUCUUGCUCCUACCGUUGUCAGCUAUCCUGCAAAUUGAAUGUCUAACGGCUUUGAAGACGUUACUUGAA